AUGACUGGCAAAGGCGAGAAAAUCAUUUCAGGGUCACAUAAAAUAGAUGAUCGUAUAUUAGAAUCAAUAUGGAAAGAAUGGACACUUGUGUUUGAUUUGAAUAAAAAUCAUCCGAAUGACGAGAUAGAAAUUAUCAUAGAUGGCGAUAAUAUAACUUUAAAAGUAAAAGAAAACACGUUCUAUCGUACAGAACAACGCAUAAUGAAGGGAGUUCAGUGGAAAAAUCUCCAACUCUGGAUGGAAGAGAAACUUUUACAAGGAGAAACCCCCAUUAUGCCGAGGAUUUUCUCAGGCAGUUCUGCUACCGAAUCCAUCAAAGAUGAUGAAGAUGUGAAGAUGAGAGAUGAGACACAUGAGAUGAGAAAGAAUGAUGAUGACGAGAAAAUAAAUGAUAAGAAAAAUAAUGAUGAGAUAGAAGAGCCAGAUGAGAAAAAGAAAACGAAAGAAGAGAAAGAUGUGAUGAUUGAAAAGAGCGUGAAAUCGGUAGCCGAACUAACAAAAUUCGGGCCUGUGUCUCCUAGUUUGUUGCCCCAAAACAUUCAAAUUAAUGAUUUUUCAGUUCUGGCGAGGUUGGACAAACAAGAGAAAAAGAUUGAAAAUUUGGUAGGAAUUAUUAAAAAUUUCUGCACUGCAUCUCUUAAAACCACUGAUCAAUUGGCUAAAACAGUCACACAAAUUAAAGAAGAGAUAAAAAAUGACAAAAAGGAGAGGUUGAGCAAAGAAACUCUUACAGAUUUGACUAGCUUGCUGAGGGAGGACUAUGCCAAACAAUGUAAGAAAACUGAAUUGAGAUCUUGUGACCUUUUACACAUUAUUGAUGAAAAUUUCAAUACUACUGAAAUCGAAGAAUCUGUUUUAACUAAUCAAAAAUUUAAAGUUCGAGACAUUUUAAUUAAUCAUUUAGACAGUAAUUACCAUGCCAAAGUAAUGCAAUAUCAAGAUCCAAAACAGAUUCUAGAUAAAUUAGCAGAAAUUAAAAGAUGCGAAGUAAAUAUAAAUUCACAUACGGUGAGAAAACAAUUAUACAAUAUGAAGUAUAUUUUUGGUAAAAACACAGCAAGCGAAUUUUGUGAAAAAUUCGAAGACACUAUCAGAAGUUACGAGAAUUCUCAAGGUUCUGUUCCUUUUUCCGAAGAUGAGAAACGUGACACAUUUUUCAAUGCAGUUAUGAUUUCAGUACCUUCAGUACAAACCAUAGAAUUUGUUUCUAAAAACACUAAAGGUAAGAGUGUAACUUAUGAAGAGUUAAAACUUUUGGUUUUACAGGAUGAGGCAACAAGGCGAGACAAAGAUGACGAGAAAGAUGUGAGGGCAGUCAACAUGGCGAAAAGAGACACAAUGAAGAGGUGUUAUGAAUGCCAGGAUCUCGGCCAUAUUGGAUCAGAGUGCCCAAAUAAGGGUAAAGGAAAAAAAUGUUACAAAUGUAAUCAAUUUGGCAAUCAUAUUGCUACAAAUUGCCCAAAUGUAGGAGCUUCUUCCUCUUCAGGGCAAGUAACAAGAGGGCGUGGUAGCAGACGGGGAGAUUCAAGGUACAAAAACCAAAAUUUCAAUUCAUAUAAUCAAGGGCGUGUUUUAAAACGGAAAAAUAAUGAUAGUUACCCAAAUUAUGGUAAAAGGGGACGGGGUAGUAAUGCUAGAGGUGGGUUUAAAAAUAACGGUCAGAGGUUUUCAAAUAAAAAUUAUCGAAAUAAUCAAGGAAAUAAUGACAAGACAACUAAACAAUCCGGACAACAAAAGGAUGACAAUAUGGGUGAGCAAAAUAAAAUUCACGAAUUUAUUGACACAUUUUAUAUAAAUACCGUUAGCGAAAAUAAUAAUGAUAGCAUCAAAAUAAAAUUUUUAGCAGAUUCUGGCGCAACUGAUCAUUUAACCAAUUCGAAAAUAAUAUUUAAAACUUUUGAAGAGAGUGAUUGUGGUAUGAUAAAAUGUGCAAACAAAAAUAAUUCCGCCGACUUAAAAACGGAGGGAGUGGGGAAAAUUGAAAUUAAAUUAGACAAUGAAAUGGGUUUAGGAAUUUAUUUAGAUAACGAAAAAAUUAAUAUUCUAGAUCCCAAUUCAAACGAAAAAUUACUAUCGGGUGUGUACAAAAGACCUUUUUGGGAAAUCGAAUUAGAAAUAAAUGACGUUGCGAAUAACGAUGAGAAUUUUAAAGAAAUUAUAAAUGAAACUAUGGCUUAUCCUAUGAAAAUGAAGAGUGAAACUGGUAAAUGUUUAGAAUAUUUCGUUAGGAGUGCACGAAAUUUAUUGGGCCACGAUGCGAAGGUGUGUUAUUUAAGAACCGAUCAGGGAACUGAAUAUACAGGUGGGUAUACAAUUGAAGUGUUAAAAAGAUUAGGAGCUGAAUUGCAGCUUGCAAGCCCUGAUACGCCGGAACAUAACGGAGUUUCGGAACGGUUCAAUCAAACUAUUCAAAAGAAGGUGCGUUGUUAUAUGUUUGAUUCAAAAUUGCCAGAAAAUUUGUGGGAUUUAGCAUUAACAGCCGCUGUUUACGCGUAUAAUCGGACCCCACAUAAAUCUAAUAAUAUGAUAAUUCCACUUGAAAAAUUUAAUCCUGAUCGUAACUUUGACAUUGAUCAAAUUAAAAGAUUCGGUUGUAUCGCAUACAUAAAGGUACAAAGAAAAACCGGACCUAAAUUUCGAGCUUUAGGAAGACGAGUUGUUUUAGUAGGCUACACACCAACAGGGUACCAAUUAUUAAAACCUGAAGAUGGGAAAUUUUAUGAAAGUAGAAAUGGAGAAAAUAAAGACGAGUCAACAAAACAGGAAGGAGAAUUUAAACGAAAAAGGGGAAGACCACAAAAAUAUUUAAUUAGGACGGAUAAACAAAUUAAUGUCGAACAUCAAAAUGAUAACUUUGAAAUCACGAAUAAAUCUUCUUUACAAAUCAAUGAAAAUAAAUAUGAUAUAGAGUCUAAAUUAGUUGAUGAGGAAAUUUACACUCUUUUAACCAGCAUUAAUUCUGAUCCGGUAAAUUAUAAAGACGCGAUGAAUUCAUCGGACAAAAAUUCGUGGCAAGAAGCAAUAAACGAAGAGUUAAUGUCAUUAGAAAAAAUGAAAGUUUGGAAAUUGAUUGACAGACCAGUUAAAACAAAAGAUGGGAAAAAGGCAACAAUAAUAGAUUCGAGAUGGUUAUUUAAACAAAAAAUAGAUCCAAAUGGAAGUGUUAAAUUUAAGGCGAGAUUAGUGAUAAGGGGAUUUAAAGAUAAAAAUAUAUACGAAUUAGCUGAGACAUAUGCACCAGUGUCAAGAUUACCUUUAGUGCGAACAGUUUUAGCUAUUGUUAAUAAAUAUAAUUUAAAGGUGUGUCAAUUCGAUGUCAAAACUGCCUUUUUAAAUGGUGAGAUAAACGAAGAAAUUUACAUGGAAAUACCAGAGGGUACAGGACACAGUAUUAAACAAAGAAAAGAAAAGGUGUGUAAAUUAGAGCGGGCAUUAUAUGGCUUACGUAUUAGUUCCAAAAGAUGGAAUGACAAAUUUACUAAAGCGGUCUUAAAUCUUGGAUUAAAAAAUUCAAGUGCUGAACCAUGUUUGUUUAUUUGGAGAGAAGGUGAGAAAUUUUUGAUCUUACUUUUAUAUGUAGACGAUAUAUUAAUGGCAAGUAAUGAUGAGAUGAAACUUGAAAAUAAAUUAAGCAAAGAAUUUGAAAUUGUUAGUUUAGGAGAACCGAAAGAAUUUUUGAGUAUUCAAAUAAAUCGAAAUGAAAAGAAUAAGACAAUAGAAUUACAUCAAGAAAAAUUCAUAAAUAAAAUUCUGAUUAAAUUCGGAUUUGAUAGUUCUCAUCCUCAGCGAACUCCAAUGAACACAAGUCAGGUUACCAAUAGGGAGAGAAAGCUGAGAGAAGAAGAGAUUAAUGAUGAGAUUUUGACUGAGACAAAUACAAACAGAAGUUUCCCUUAUCGACAAGCUGUGGGGAGUUUAUUAUAUUUAGCCGGAGCGACCAGACCGGACAUCUCUUAUGCAGUCAAUGUCUUGAGUAGGCAUCAGGUGAGUCCAACUGAAGAUGACUGGAAAAUGGUCAAGAGAGUAUUUAGAUAUUUAAAAGGGACCAAAAAUCUGCGUUUAAGAUACAAAGGUGAGACUGAUGAUUUAGAAGGAUUUUCAGAUGCUAGUUUCGGAGAUUGUAAAAAUUCUCUGACCACUAGUGGUUAUUUAAUUAAAUUAUUCGGGGACACUAUCUCUUGGCGAACGCAUAAACAAACUUAUGUGUCAUUGUCCACUUGUCAGGCAGAAUAUGUGGCAAUGAGCGAAGCCAGUCAGGAAUUAUUAUCAAUGUAUAAUUCGAUUAAGUUAAUUAUAUUAAAACCUCUAUUACCGAUGAGUUUAUGGUGUGACAAUAAAGCAGCGAUUGCUAGUGUUGAAACGAACGGUGGGAAUAAAUUAAGACACAUGAUUGAUAUCAAAGAGCAUCAUGUGAAAGAAUGUGUUAAAAGAAAAUUGAUAAAUAUAAAAUGGAUACUAAUUGAAGAAUAUGAUGAGCAACAAUGA